AUGGCAUCACCAACAUUGAUACUCGAUAUGGGUGGUGGAUCACUAAAAAUUGGAUUUUCUACAGAUCCUCAUCCUAAGAUUAUUGAUAACUCCAUUUUUAAGUCAAAAACGCUUGGUGGUCGCACAUUCGUUGGAAAUGAAAUAGAACAAUGCAAUAAUUUGUCGAGUUUAUUUUGUGUCAUGCCAUUCAAAAAAGGCUAUAUUAACAACUGGGAGGUUCAAUGUCAAAUUUUGGACACAACUCUUAAAAGCAUAGUUAAAACAAACUCUCAAAAUUCUUUAUCCGAUCAUAAUCUAAUUGUUACUGAGCCGUAUUUCAACUUUUCAUCAACUAAAGAAGCUAUGAAUGAAAUUUUUUUUGAAGAUUAUCAGGUGGCUGGUUUGAUCCGCACAAAUCCUGCAUUUUUAAGCGCUUACAAAUAUCGAAGUGAAUCAGCUCAACGUCUUUCAAGAUAUUGUAUAGUUAUUGACUCUGGAUACUCAUUUACACAUAUUGUACCUAUGGCUGAUGGAUUUGUUAUGAAAGAUUUUGUCAUACGGCUAACGGUAGGUGGGAAAAUUCUUACAAAUCGUUUGAUUGAAGCUGUAUCCUAUAGACAUUUGGAUGUUCGAAGUGAGAUAUAUAUAAUGAAUCAGUGCAAAGAAGAUGUAUGUUAUGUAUCUACUGACUUUUGGCAAGAUAUGAAGAUUUCUCGAUCAAACCCAAAAUCAAAUACCAUUUUAAGAGAAUAUGUACUACCAAACUAUGUUGAUGUUCACCGUGGAUAUGUUCGUGAUCCUAAUGCAGUGGUUCCUGAAAAUAGUGGUAAUGAUAAAUCAGAACAACGGGCUUCCAAUCUGUCACAGCAAGGAUAUGUAUUACGUUUGAAUAAUGAGCGUUUUACAGUUCCUGAAUUGAUUUUCCAUCCAUCUGAUGUGGGCUAUCAAGAAAUGGGGCUUACAGAAGCCAUCCAUUACUUGAUGAGUGAACGAUUACCGGCUGCAGUAAGGCCAGGGGCUUGGGCAAAUUUUAUGGUUAUGGGUGGUAAUGCAUGUUUUCCAGGAUUUGCAGAACGAUUACAAAAAGAUAUUCGUACUCAUGCACCUGACGAUCUUCCAGUAAAUGUCUUUAAACCCCCUAAUCCUCAAACCUACGCUUGGGAAGGUGGUGUUUUGUUUAGUCAAAAUUCAGAUUCAUUCAAUCAUUUCUUAGUUACACGCAAAGAAUAUGAAGAGCAAGGAUCUAGUUAUUGUGAAAAACGAUUUCCUACUUCUUGA